CUGGAAAAUAUGCCAGGGGAAUCCCCUUAACACUAGGAAGUUGAAUUAAUCGUGUACGCAGUAUUUGACUAAAAUCACAAGAUUUCAGAGGCUAGAUUCUAAUAGGGAGAAAAUGUACGUGAUUACCAAAUUAAUUGUUUUACUAACAACAAUACCGGGAAUUGUUGGUCCACUGGCAGAAACUUGGUUUUCUUGUGAGUGUGAGUUCUUAACAUGGGCACCUUGGUCUGAUUGUACUGAGCUAUGCUAUGGUACACAAGAACGUGACAGAAAGGUGCAAUUGAGACAAUACCCAGGAUGUGACGAAUUUACAGAUUGUGCUUCCAGUGAUAUGGGAUCAGAACAACGUGAAUGUAAUAAGUUUUGCCAUAAUGGCGGGACUUUCGCUUCCUUAUCGACAGGCUGUUCUUGCGUUCCUGGUAAAGAAGGCCGUUGUUGUGACAAUACUGUGACAUGUGCCCCGCCACCAAAACCAACCAAUGGGGAAGUGUCUUACAACAGUCUAGACUAUGGCAGUACUGCUACAUACAGUUGUCACAGUGAUUAUAAUAUAACAUCCGGUUCUUCCAGCAGAACAUGUCAGGCAAACGGUGGGUGGAAUGGAGUAACAGCACAAUGUCAGUAUGUUAAUACAUGUUCCAGUAAUCCAUGCAAAAAUGGAGGAAGCUGUAUAAAUGGUGUAGAAAGUUAUACAUGUCAAUGUCAACCUGGUUGGAGUGGGAUUAACUGUGAAAAUGAUGUUCAUCCGCCAGUCAUGACCGAAUGUUCUGAAGAUAUACUAAUUUAUACCAACGAAACGACACACAAUGUCACAUGGCCUAUCCCACAAUUCUCAGAUCCAAUGAAUAAGGAAAUCACGAUGGUAACUAAUUACCCAGAAAGCUUUGUUGUGGCACCAUGGGGUGACAACGUUGUUCAGUAUGUGGCUACCAAACCAUUCAAUGGUUUACAGGCAGAAUGCAAAUUUACAGUAAAAGUUAGACCUCAUCCGUGUCCUGAACUAAACAUACCAAUUAAUGGUGCCCGUGUAUGUAAUGGAUGGAAGACAGAAUAUGCUAGAGUUUGUUUAGUAUAUUGUAAUAUAGAAUUUACUCUUCAGUUGGGUUCACGAUCUCCACAACCAUGGUAUAUCUGUGGAGCAAGUGGUAAUUGGCUACCAUGGGGAUCUUUACCAAACUGUACACUGCCUAAUGUGAAGGGAAAUUUUCCUGUUAAUUACCAGUAUGAAAACUGCACGGCCAUUGCUAUUAAAGAAUCAUACAUUAACAGACUCAAGAAUGAAUCAAAUAUUAAGGUGCUGUGUGAUAAGAACCUGGAUGAAUGUAAAGCUGAUAAUGUAAACGUGGACUGUUAGAAGUAUAUAUAUUAUGAUUAUAUAUAUGUGAUCAAUUAAAUGAUAACAGGCCAUAAACAUGGUAGUAAUUAAAACGAUUAUUAAUACAUUAUGAUUUAAGAAUCUGGAGCUUUAGAGCAAUUGACUCACUAUUAUACAUUUGAAGCUGUUAGACCGGUGACAAGUGUAUUUAUCAAUAAAAAUCAUCAAUUAUAUUCAUUAUUGGCAUGCUAUAUAUACAGCUAUGUUCUGUUAUUUAUUUCAAAUUAACGCCGUGGCUUUUCCCCAGUUUUGCCCACUGCUAAAACAUCUACAACUAAGCGAAUUAUUGAAAUAAAAUUGAACCAUGUGUCAGUCCCGUCCUACACUGUUACAAUGAGUGUAAUUAAAAAUUAUAAGCGGUGUUAAUGAAGUGUAAACGUUACACCACAGUGUUUUUAAAAUGGGAUGAGCUACACCUCUACAAGCGUUUUAUUGCAUGUACACCAACAGGUGUAAUUAUUAUUAAGAAAACCUUUUUUUUUUUCUUUUUUUUUUGCGCAAAAUAUGGCGUUAAUUGCAUUAGUAACACAGGUAUAGCUUAGUUUGGAGUUUUUACUCAAAACGAAUAUUAGUCUUUCAGAAUAUAAUCAUAUCAUAAUCUUAAUAUAUUUUUCAUAACUCUUCCCGUAUAUGACGUUAAUUGCAUUAGUAACACAGGUAUCAGUCUUCUAGAACAUUAUCAUGUGUUAUAAUCUAAAUACAUUUUUCAUAACGCCUCAAGUAUAGAUUAAUGUAGCUUGUUUACACUUAAAGACGUGUAUAUGUUCUAAAAUAUUACCAUGUAUUAUUUCUUAAUUAAUUAUUCUUAAUUCAAAUGAAGUGCAUCAAUGAAUAAACCAUUUGAUUCAAGUUGUAAGGAUGUAUUGGAAUUUCCUCAAGAUUUAUAUUCAUUGUAAAUUGAUACAGAUUGUCUAAUUGCCCAAUAUUAUCAAUGUGUUAGGGUAUAUUAUUAAUACACAAGGGUGUAUUAUUAAUGUACUAGGGUAUAUUUUAAUGUACUAGGUAUACUGGGAUGUAUUAUUAAUGUAUUUAUGUACUGCGGUAUACUAAUAAUGUACUGGGGUAUAUUAGCAAUGUACUAAGGUAUAUUAUUAAUGGUCUGGCGUAUAUUAUUAAUGCACAAGGGUGUAGUAUUAAUGUACUAGGGUAUAUUUUAAUGUACUAGGGGUAUACUGGGGUGUAUUAUUAAUGUAUUUAUGUACUAGGGUAUACUAAUAAUGUACUGGGGUAUAUUAUCAAUGUACUAAGGUAUAUUAUUAAUGGUCUGGAGUAUAUUAUUAAUGGACUGCGGUAUAUUUUUAAAGCGACCGUACACUAUGCUAUACUCUGUUAUUCACAAUGUAAAUUGUAUGCAUAUUGUGUUGUUUAAAUGUGUUUAUUUGUUUUACAAUACCUCCUGAAAUCCUAUUUAGAAGAAAACAGCAUGGUAAAUGGUGUACAUUGUAUAUCUGUUCAUUUUUUUAAAACUAUAUUCAUUCGGGUGUGACGAAAAACUGAGAUCAGGUGUACUCGUUGGAGUGCACGUAAAAGAUACUUUGCAGUUAGAAUUCGAUAUAAGAGUAGGUAGUAGCGCCGUGGUCUGGGAAUAUAUCUCCAUGCAUAACAGCAUAGCCCAGUGGGACGUUAAACCCCAUUUCAUUUUAAAACUACAUGUAUAUCUUAUUCAAUAAACAUAACAAGGUAGGCGGGCUCUCCCUUCUAAACAAAAAUCUAAUUAAAAUUAAAGAUACAUUAUGGGGGAGUAGAUAACGGGCUGGCAGUUCUCAUUAUAAAAGUUUCAUUUUAAAACUAGAUCUUAUUCCAUAAGAAUAACAGGGUAGGCCCAUAUUACCACUCUCCCUUCUAAAAAAAUCUAUCUAAUUAAAAUUAAAGAUACAUUAUGGGGGAUUAUAUAACGAGCUGACAGUCCUCACUAUAAUAGUUAAAAACUAUAUAAUGUAAAAGGAACUUGCAGAAAAUAUCAAAUUGAUCAAAUGUGAACUGAGGAUUUGGCGAUUGAAUUUUCGGCAUAGCCUCGAUCAUCAUUACCAAAGUCGGUACGAUAAAAACAUAGACUCGAUUAUCCAUUUCAUUAUUAAAUCAUGAAUGAAUGUUGAGCAGCAAAUCAGAUCCUAAUCCAGUAAACAUCGCAGGCAAGCAAUGACAUCGAAAGUUGAUUAUGGUCUGGAUAAGUUAAUUAAUGUCUAAUUAAUAAUUUAGAUAAACUUUCAGGCCUAAAGAAAGACCUGAAAAAGGCAGAUUUGGCUCUUGCGUAAUGUAUGUUUAAGUUUUUUAAAGAUGCAUUAUGUAAGAUUGAUUAAGAUAAAGAGCUGAUAGUGCUCACUAUAAUAGUUAAAAACUAGAUAAUGAAAGGGGAUUAUCUUCAUUCUGAGCGAAGUCUCGAUGAUCAUUACUACCGUUGUUACGAUAGUAAACAGACUUACGAUUAUCCAUUUGCUAAUUAAAUUAUGAACCACCAAUCGCCUUUCUAUCCGUUGAAAAAUCUCGAGCAUCCGUUGACAUUGAGAGUUGAUUAUGGUCUUCGCAAGUUAAUAAAGAAAGAAAGAUGGUUUUAUGGCACGUCAGCUCCAACCGGGGAAAGUUACGGCCUAAUGAAGGACCUGCAAUAGGCAUAUAAGCUCUUGCAUAAUGUAUCUUUACGUACAUGUAUAUAGUCGGAACUAUUCAUAUUGUUUGUGUUGUUAAUAGAAUUAUUGAAGACAAUAAUGAUAUAUAUAUAUAUUUUUUUUUUGUUCUGAUAAUAAAUUGUUUUAGUUUUGGUUGAA